UUUAUAACUUAAAUUAACAAUCAAAAAAAUAAUGAUACAAUUAAUAAACAAAAUAUUUAUAAUUAAUAAUUUUUUAUUAACAACAAUUGUGUUAACAUCAGCAGAUCCAGAUUCUUAUACAAUUAUCAACAGUGAUGGUUUAGUCACUACUGAUAGUACUGCUGUACCGUACACAGAAAAAUUUAUACAACCACGGCGUUUGAUCACGUUUGGCCAACAACUUAUACAAGCGGCACAACAACAACAACAACAACAGCAAACGCAACAACGGCAACAACAACAAGUUGUUCAAACAUUACCACAAGAAGUUGUACAACAAAUUAUUGAGGUUUUAAACAAUAAUAAUAUUAUUAGUGGUUUCAAUCAGACCUCAUGUUUGGAAGGCUAUCUAGUGUUGUUAACAUCAGAUAAUUCAAGUUGUGAUUGCAACAGUCAAUAUACACCACCAGAAUUAACAGUGCUGAACUCUCCAACAUCAUCGAAUAGUGGCGCAGAGCAGCAGGAGCAAACUAAUGAAAAUAAUCUUGGAAAUAGAGGUUACAGUUUCGUUAAUAUGCCAAUAGCUGUUGCUCCAAAUAUGUUUAGUAAUGGUGAUGCAAACGUUGUAGCUAAUUCUGGAGGACGUCCAGGCGGAAGUGAUGGUAAUAGUUUCAUUAAUGUACCAAUUAGUUUUGGUAUAAAUGCAUUCAGUAAUGGCAGCGCAAAUGCUGCAGCAAAUUCUGGAGGACGUCCAGACGGAAGUGAUAGUAAUAGUUUCAUUAAUGUACCAAUUAGUUUUGGUUUAAAUGCAUUCAGUAAUGGCAGCGCAAAUGCUGUAGCUAAUUCCGGAGGCCGUCCAGACGGAAGUGAUGGUAGUAGUUUCGUUAAUGCACCAAUGAGUUUAGGUUUAAAUGCAUUCAGUAAUGGCAACGCAAACGCUGUAGCUAAUUCUGGCGGAAGUCCAGACGGAAGUGACGGUAAAAGUUUCGCUAAUGCACCAAUGAGUUUAGGUUUAAAUUCAUUCAGUAAUGGCAACGCAAACGCUGUAGCUAAUUCUGGAGCACGUCCAGACGGAAGUGAUGAUAAUUCUUUUAUAAAUAUACCAGUUGCUAUGGCAGGAAAUAUGGUUAGUAAUGGUAAUACAAACGUUGUAGCUAAUUCUGGAGGACGUCCAGGCGAAAGUGAUGGUAAUAGUUUAGUUAAUGCACCAAUGAGUUUAGGUUUAAACUCAUUCAGUAAUGGCAACACAAACGCUAUAGCUAACUCUGGAGGAAGUCCAGGCGAAAGUGAGGGUAAUAGUUUAGUUAAUGCACCAAUGAGUUUAGGUUUAAAUGCAAUCAGUAAUGGCAGCACAAAUGCUGUAGCUAAUUCUGGAGGACGUCCAAACGGAAGUGAUGAUAAGUCUUUUAUGAAUGUACCAGUAGCUAUGGCUGGAAAUAUGCUUAGUAAUGGUAAUGCGAACGUUGUAGCUAAUUCUGGUGGACGUCCAGACGGAAGUGAUGGUAAUAGUUUAGUUAAUGCACCCAUGAGUUUUGGUUUAAAUGCAGUCAGUAAUGGCAGCGCAAACUCUAUAGCUAAUUCUGGAGAAAGUGAAGGUAAUAGUUUAGUUAAUGCACCAAUGAGUUUAGGUUUAAAUGCAAUCAGUAAUGGCGACGCAAACGUUGAAGCUAAUUCUGGAGCACGUCCAGGCGGAAGUGAUGAUAAUUCUUUUAUAAAUGUACCAGUAGCUAUGGCUGGAAAUAUGCUUAGUAAUGGUAAUGCGAACGUUGUAGCAAAUUCUGGUGGACGUCCAGACGGAAGUGAUGGUAAUAGUUUAGUUAAUGCACCCAUGAGUUUUGGUUUAAAUGCAGUCAGUAAUGGCAGCGCAAAUUCUGUAGCUAAUUCUGGAGGACUUCCAGACGGAAGUGAUGAUAAUUCUUUUAUGAAUGUACCAGUAGCUAUUGCUGGCAAUAUGCUUAGUAGUGGUAAUGCGAAUGCUAUAUCUAAUUCUUGAGUGAAUUCUUGAUUUUAUGUAAAGGCAACACUUGCGUUGUUCAUGACAAUUCAAUUGGUGCAACUUUGUAUGGAAGAAAUUUUCUACAUACACCGAGUGUAAAAAAUGAUCAUCCAUAAUACCGUUUAACACCAAAAUUAUUUUUUAAAUCUAAUUUUCUGAAAUUCCAUUAUAAUUAAAUGAUUUUGUAGAAAAAUAAAAUUUUCAAAAUGUAAUUUAUAUGUUUUUUUAUUCAUUAUUUCAACUUUCUUUAAAACACAGCCAAUUAAUUACACAGGUCUGCAAGUUAAAAAUUACACCGGAUUUUUUAAUUACUUCUUACAUCAUGUUCUGACAUC